GUAUUCACCGAGCGAGAGUCGUCGAAGGCAUAAGAACACGCGACGUCGCGACACACGCGAGCCAUCGACCAAUCGUUUCCGACUUUACUCGCUAAUUCCUUCGUAUCGAACAGUAUUAAUUAGUUUUAGUCUGUUUCCUUGUUUAUUAAAUAAUUCACAGUGACACGAUAUGUCGUCAGUGAUGUAUGAAUCCUUGAGUGACAAGGUGGCGAUGUUCAACCAAUACGCGAACAAGCAUAAGGACAAGCAAGAGAAGAAUCCGUUCACGUCUGGAUUAAAUCUCGAGAAGCGUACAUUUUCAAAAGACGAGUACGGCAGACCAGUGGCCGGCUCUUUAACGGACAUCCGUGGUCGCAAAGCCACCGCACAUAUUCUCAAAGAAGUGCUCGAACUUUGCGAGAUCAUCUACCAAGAGGGCACUCCGUGUCGGGACCAACCUGAAAUCACCGCGAUCACAUUCGGUGAUCUGUUCAACAUUUACACUCAUAUCAGCGACAAAUGCGUGGGCCUUCUGUUGAGGGCCAGAAAACAGAAGCUCGUUGACUUCGAAGGGGAAUGCCUGUUUCAGAGGAGAGACGACGACGUACCGAUAUAUCUGGUGAAACCGAUCGCGGAGAUCCGCGACACAUUCAAGCAACGAUUGAAGGAUAUGGCGAAGGAGACACCAAAAAGUUAACAAACGACCCCCCCCCCUCUCCCUCUUUCCAUCCUUUAAAUGAUUGUUGACGCGUUUCUGAAUCGCCUCCUGCAUCUAUUUAUCGGACGACCGUACAAAACAACGCGAAUUGACCAUUGUAUAGCCUGUAAUUUUUAUUUGAGUUCGAGAAUGCGUAUGUGAAGCGAAUGAUUGUGAAUUGGUGAAUAUAUUUGAUGUAAAUCGAUGUAAGGU